CCCGCUGGGCGCCGGGUGCUGGGCGCGGGCGGGGCCUUCUGUGCUCCUGGACUGGCAGCGGUGGCGGUGGGAUCCCGGUGACCCGCGGAGGGGUGCCUCAACCAUGACUGCGGAGCUGCAACAGGACGAUGCGGCCGGAGCGGCAGACGGCCACGGCUCGAGCUGCCAAAUGCUGUUAAAUCAACUGAGAGAAAUCACAGGCAUUCAAGAUCCUUCCUUUCUUCAUGAAGCUCUAAAGGCCAGUAAUGGUGACAUCACUCAGGCUGUCAGCCUGCUCACUGAUGAGAGAGUUAAGGAGCCCAGUCAAGACACUGUUGCUACAGAACCAUCUGAAGUAGAGGGGAGUGCUGCCAACAAAGAAGUAUUAGCAAAAGUGAUAGACCUUACUCAUGAUAACAAAGAUGAUCUUCAGGCUGCCAUUGCUUUGAGUCUGCUGGAGUCCCCGAAAAUUCAAGCAGAUGAAAGAGAGCUUAACAGGAUGCAUGAGGCAAUCUCUGCAGAAAUUAAACGCUCAAAGAGAAAACGCUGUGAAGUCUGGGGAGAAAACCCCAAUCCCAAUGACUGGAGGAGAGCUGAUGGUUGGCCAGUUGGGCUGAAAAAUGUUGGCAAUACAUGCUGGUUCAGUGCUGUCAUUCAGUCUCUCUUUCAGUUGCCUGAAUUUCGAAGACUUGUUCUCAGCUAUAAUCUUCCACAAAAUGUUCUUGAAAAAUGCCGAAGCCACACGGAAAAGAGAAAUAUCGUCUUUAUGCAAGAGCUUCAGUAUUUGUUUGCUCUGAUGAUGGGAUCAAAUCGAAAAUUUGUAGACCCUUCUGCUGCCCUGGAUCUGCUAAAGGGAGCAUUCCGAUCCUCAGAGGAACAACAGCAAGAUGUGAGUGAAUUCACACACAAGCUCCUGGAUUGGUUGGAGGACGCAUUCCAGCUGGCUGUUAAUGUUAACAACCCUAGAAACAAAUCUGAAAAUCCCAUGGUGCAGCUAUUCUACGGUACUUUCCUGACUGAAGGGGUUCGUGAAGGAAAGCCCUUUUGUAACAAUGAGACCUUUGGCCAGUAUCCCCUCCAGGUAAACGGUUAUCACAACUUACACGAAUGUUUGGAAGGGGCCAUGGUGGAGGGUGACAUUGAGCUUCUUCCUUCUGAGCAUUCUGUGAAGUAUGGACAAGAGCCUACCUGUACCUGAGUAGGGAGAACCCACUGCCUCCAUAUUUUCGGAGGGUAAAAGUACAGUGAUUAACUCCUAUGCGUUGGUUUACAAAACUACCUCCAGUGUUGACCUUUGAACUUUCCAGAUUUGAGUUCAAUCAGUCCCUUGGGCAGCCAGAGAAAAUUCAUAAUAAGCUGGAAUUUCCUCAGAUUAUUUAUAUGGACAGGUACAUGUACAGGAGCAAGGAGCUUAUUCGAAAUAAGAGAGAAAGUAUUCGAAAGUUGAAGGAGGAAAUAAAAGUUCUGCAGCAAAAAUUGGAAAGGUAUGUGAAAUAUGGAUCGGGCCCCACUCGGUUUCCACUUCCAGACAUGCUGAAAUACGUUAUUGAAUUUGCCAGUACAAAACCUGCUUCAGAGAGCUGUCCAUUGCAAAAUGACACGUGUAUGAGGUUACCACUUCCUUCAAUGCACUGCCCGGUUUCUGACCUGACAUCUAAGGAAAGUACAAGUCCAGAAUGCUCUUCUCAGGAUGUUGAAAGUACCUUUUCUUCUCCUGAAGACUCUCUACACAAGUCUGAGGUAGCAAGUAGGCCCCUAACUUCCCCUCGGUCUUCCCUGGGAAUGCCUGCACACCCAGCUCCUCGAACAGUCACGGAUGAGGAAAAGAACUUUGUUAAAACCUGUCUUCAGAGAUGGAGGAAUGAGAUUGAACAAGAUAUACAAGAUUUAAAGAGUUGUAUUGCAAGCGCCACCCAGACUAUUGAGCAGAUGUACUGUGAUCCUCUCCUUCAGCAGGUGCCUUAUCGCUUACAUGCAGUUCUUGUUCAUGAAGGACAAGCAAAUGCUGGACACUACUGGGCCUAUAUCUAUAAUCAACCCCGGCAGAUCUGGCUGAAGUACAAUGAUAUAUCUGUUACUGAAUCUUCCUGGGAAGAACUUGAAAGAGAUUCCUAUGGUGGCCUGAGAAAUGUUAGUGCUUACUGUCUGAUGUAUAUUAAUGACAAGCUACCACACUUUAAUGCAGAGGCAGCCCCAGAUGAAGCUGAUCGGAUGUUAGGAGAAGUAGAAGCACUGUCUGUUGAACUCAAACAUUACAUUCAAGAAGAUAACUGGCGGUUUGAGCAGGAAGUAGAAGAGUGGGAAGAAGAACAGUCUUGCAAAAUUCCUCAAAUGGAAUCCUCCACCAGCUCCACAUCACAGGAUUUCUCUACCUCACAAGACCCUCCAGCAGCCUCUUCUCAUGGGGCUCGCUGCUUGUCAUCUGAGCAUGCUGUGAUUGUGAAGGAACAAACAGCCCAGGCAAUUGCAAACACAGCACAUGCCUAUGAGAAGAGUGGUGUAGAAGCAGCACUGAGUGAGCUUAAGGAAGCUGAACCCAAGAAGCCCAUGCCCCAGGAAACAAACCUUGCAGAGCAGUCAGAGCAGCCCCCAAAGGCUAAUGAUGCAGAGUCUGCUGCCCAGCCUAAUUCUGAGGUCUCUGAAGUCGAAAUUCCCAGUGUGGGAAGGAUUCUGGUUAGAUCUGAUGCAGAUGGAUAUGAUGAGGAGGUGAUGCUGAGCCCUGCCAUGCAAGGGGUCAUCCUGGCCAUAGCUAAAGCCCGUCAGACCUUUGACCGAGAUGGGUCUGAAGCAGGGCUUAUUAAGGCAUUCCAUGAAGAAUACUCGAGGCUCUACCAGCUUUCUAAAGAGACACCUACCUCGCACAGUGACCCUCGACUCCAGCAUGUCCUUAUCUACUUUUUCCAAAAUGAAGCACCCAAAAGAGUAGUAGAACGAACCCUUUUGGAACAGUUUGCAGAUAAAAAUCUUAGCUAUGAUGAAAGAUCAAUCAGUAUUAUGAAGGUGGCUCAGGCUAAACUAAAGGAAAUUGGUCCUGAUGACAUGAACAUGGAUGAGUAUAAGAAGUGGCAUGAAGAUUAUAGUUUGUUUCGAAAGGUGUCUGUGUAUCUCCUAACAGGACUGGAACUCUAUCAAAAAGGAAAGUACCAAGAAGCAUUGUCCUACCUGGUGUACGCCUACCAGAGCAAUGCUGCUCUGCUAAUGAAGGGGCCCCGCAGGGGGGUGAAGGAGUCAGUGAUUGCUUUGUACCGAAGAAAAUGCCUUCUGGAGCUGAACGCCAGAGCGGCUUCUCUCUUUGAAACAAAUGAUGACCACUCUGUAACAGAAGGCAUUAAUGUGAUGAAUGAGUUGAUAAUUCCCUGCAUUCACCUUAUUAUUAAUAAUGACAUCUCCAAGGAUGAUCUGGAUGCUAUUGAGGUCAUGAGAAACCAUUGGUGUUCUUACCUUGGGCAAGAUAUUGCAGAAAAUCUGCAGCUGUGCUUAGGGGAGUUUCUGCCUAGGCUUCUGGAUCCUUCUACAGAAAUCAUUGUCUUGAAGGAGCCUCCAACUAUUCGACCCAAUUCUCCUUAUGACCUUUGUAGCAGAUUUGCAGCUGUCAUGGAGUCAAUUCAAGGAGUUUCAGCUGUGACAGUGAAAUAAGCUCACUUAUGUUCAAAGCUUGCUGUGGUCUCUGGCUGCCUACCUAUUAUGGUCAGAGUCACACUAUUCACCUGGGGAAAGGGAUUAAGUGGUCGAGUAAUAUUCGGUUUCACACCCCACCCAUGUUGUGCAUUUAAAGGAGGAUUAAAGAUAAAAUUGCACUUUUUAGGUACAGAAUCAUGAAAGCUAUUUCACCAAGAUAAGACAGGAGCCAGGUAUUAAAGUAUUGAGUUAUGCCUGAAGACCUGAAAUGCCUUUGAACUAUAAUGCUUGGGCUUUUCUAAGCCUCUUGUCUCUUUUCAAAUUAUUCUAAAGGCCUAAAUAUUUUUGACAGCAGAACAUAAGAGUGACUCAUCAGACCCCCAAACCAAAUGAACAGCUACUAUUUUAUCAAAUCCAAAUGACAUUUAAAAAUACUAAACUACAAGAAAGUAGUAAUGUUGCUUGGCUUUUGACAGGGGAUGAUAAAAUGUGUUGCUGAUGAACCUCUCUACCCUUUUACAUGUGGGUAGAAUAUAAGGUCACAUGGCAGUAAGAUGCCAAAAAGUCAAAGGAAAACUGCCUCUCCUUCCUUUCUUCUCUAUCUUUUAUAUUUUUAGAUAAACCAGAAAACCUCAUACUCAGUCCUGAGAGAAUGAAAGAAAAGCGAUUGAGGACUUUGACAGAAUAGCAUUGUGAAGCUUGAUUAAAGAUAGCGUUUUUAAUAGUUGUUAAACAUUUAGGCAGAGUUUUCUGGUAUCUGAAAAUUGUCAAGAAGGAUUGUCUAAGGCUGCUGCCUAAGACUAUAAUAAGAACACUUUGUUUGAUUCCUCAUUUUUUGCUUUUAAAAACUAAGAGAUGUGGAUUUGUAAAAAGAAAAAGAAUAUCUAUCUAUAUAUAUGUAUAUGUAGAGAGAAAACUGUUUUUAAAGGACUUUUAAUUGGGAAUUAUGUUUUAACAAAUUUUAAAAAUUAAGGGAGGAAUCAUGGGAGGGAAGAACACUUAAUACAACUAUGCAGAUUUUAUAAAUGUGCAAUAAAGUAUUUGUUUUACCUUU